UCUCAUGAACGCAACGCUUGUAACCACGGCAAUGACGCUCUGCUUGUUGCUAUCCAUCCUAGCCUAGCCAAGCUAACAGAUUAUCUUCGAACAACUGCUGACGUGCAUCUUCGCUUUUGCUGCCAUUUUGAGACAGAAGUUAGCUUAAUUAGUGACGCCAACAUUAGUGCAAUAGCCACCAUGGCUGAUAUCGGGUGUAAUGAGCAUCAUCAGAACGAGGUAAUCAACUACAUGCGGUUUGCUCGAUCCAAGCGUUUGUUGAGGCUCAAGACUGUGGAUUCCUGCUUCGAAGAACUUAAAGACAGCAGAUUGGUGGAGGAGACCUUCACAGUGGAUGAGGUGCGCGACAUGCUGGACGGGCUGCACGCGGUGGUGCGAGGCGAGGUGGAGAUGGAACUCAUCAAUACGGCGCACACCAACGUUCUGCUGCUGCGCCAACUCUUCUUUCAGGCUGAAAAGUUCUACUUGCGCUUGCAGACCGACAUCUCAGAGCUGGAGAACAGGGAACUACUAGAGCAAAUAGCAGAAUUUGAGAAGACUGACUUUAAAGUUUCCCAUAAGUUGAACCAGGAAAGCAGCAAACCCAAGCUGGCACCACUUAACGAAAGCGGCGUAUCGCAACUUUUAAACAAGGAGAUUGCCAAACUGCAGGAGGAGAAUGAGAAACUGAAGGCUAAAAUGCGCACUUUGGAAUCACAGGCAAUGAACGUACUGGACGAGAAGACCAAAGCCCAGAAAGCCCUAGAAGACCUUCGGAAGGUGCAAGGUGACGAGCAGCUAUCGGCUCAGUCCAAGGAAAUCAGCUGCCUGGAGGACACGGUGGCAGCCCUCAAGGAGGACUACGAGCGCUCGCUGACUGUCAACGCUGCCUCGAAGAAAGACCUGCAGGAGAACCUGGUGUCCACCAAACACGAACUCCUACGAGUGCAGGAGCAGCUAGCUCUGGCAGAGAAGGAACUAGACAAGAAGUUUCAGCAAACAGCGGCCUAUCGCAACAUGAAGGAGAUUCUGGCCAAGAAGAAUGAGCAGAUUAAGGAAAUUAGGAAACGCUUGCAGAAAUACGAGCCCGACGAAUGAGGCGCCGUCACCGCUGUUCUAAGGGAAGUUCAGGUAGAAAGGCGGAACCGCAAAGGUUUUUGAGGGGCGUCGGCCAUUCAAUUACCCUGGCUGCUGACAAUUUGUGAGGACUCGUUUCUGCGUAUUUAACCAAAUAUUUGAUCUCUUGUUGGCUUCUGGUUUUGGAUGGGUCAGUCGGAACCUUGAGCUGAGGUUCUACGGAACUAUCAUGUCCAACAAGAAGAGGCCUUCACUGAUUUGAAUUCUUGGAAUAACAAUUCAAAAUUUUUACCCUUGACUGAACUGUGUGAGAAUGUUUGACCCUGACGCGGCUGUCAGUGACACGUUUCUGUUCUGCUUAUUAAAUGCUGUGCUGUUUCGUUUGCUAGAUUUCCACGCUUUGCUAUACGUGACAUAUGUAGACUGGUAAAAUCGACACACGGGCAAUGGAGUGCAAGAGAAAACGCAAAUCAAAUAAGUGUGGUGCUUUGUUCGGCAGAUUAAAAGCUGUUUGCAAAUACAUUAAGAGGGUUUUUGGAGGCUUUUUAACACAUUUUAGCAGUUGGUUGGCCUAAACACGAUCAGAAGUGUUUAUUUACAUUCACAAGAUAAAUUCUAAAAUCAUAUUUGUUUCAUGUAACUGUAUGACUUUUUCGUUUUUAGCAUUUUAUUUUGCUUGUGCUGCCCACAGUAAGUCUAUUUAAAGUUUAGAUUAUGUCCAAUCAGAAUUCAUUGUUUUUCAAAGCAAUCACAGAUGUAUACAAAUGUAUUUUGAUUCAUAAGAAUCAAUCAUUUGCUUUCAUAGUGCACCACAGAAAUCAGAAUAUAUAGAAUUUCUUGAAAAUUCGUGCAUACUUUUUGGUCCACAAUAUCAAUAAAUGAUUAAUCAACAAGUAACCAUAGACUUCACCAUCAGUUGACAAGACAGCUCUCAGAAACAUUGCACCACGCGCCUACCCAUUGGAGGCCGUCCCAGGCAGAGCGUUUGGCUUUCACUGUGAUAAAUUCAAACGCGCUGUGUUCAAAUGCAGAUUUAGGUGGGAAAAGGACAAAUGUUUUACUGCGUACAAGCAGGAAGAAGUGUCUCAAGAGUGAUUUGGUCGAGGAUUCAAGGUAAUUAUUAUAUAAAAUAUUCCGAUGCAUGCACUUUGAAACGUUGUGAAAAAAUGCAUGGAAAAAACUUUAGCUUGAAAUAUUUACGUAAAAUGAAUGAUAACUACCUGUUUUUUUGCUUUUAAC